AUGUUCCGACAAAUACUGUUAGACAGACGACAUCGUAAAUGGCAACGAAUACUAUGGCGUGAAUCGCCAAAUGAACCUCUUCAAGUGUACGAAUUGAAGACGGUAAUUUAUGGAAUGGCUUGUAGCCCAUUCAACGCAAUACGCGCACUGCGCCAAUGUGCGAUUGACAAUUAUGAAGUCAUCUAUGACCCAAGCCGGGCUGCCGCAGCGCGUCAUAGCAUACUUUAUAAUUUCUACGUUGAUGAGUAUUUGGAUAGCGUCAACAGCGAUGAAUUUGCUAUUACCCGACAAUUAAUAUUGGGAAAAUGGAAUUCCAAUUGUACACAUGUAUUAUCUGCGAUAACCGGUACAAGUGUUUCUGCAUCAGAACUGGAGUUGAACAACUCAACAACAAAGGUAUUGGGUCUUUACUGGGAUCCAGUGAGCGACGAGCUCUUCUUCAAGGUAGGCUUACUUGACGACACUUCAAUGCACACCAAGCGAAAGGACUUGUGGAAGGCUGGUCUGCCAUGGGAUGCCGAGCUUCCACCAGAGCUACUCAAUUCAUGGGUGAUAUUCCGCGACAGUUUACAAGAUAUUGCUCGACUUCGUAUUCCUCGUUGGUUAGGUAUACUAGUGGGCUCUUUGGUGCAUUUAUACGGCUUUUACGAUGCUAGUCGUAAAACGUAUGCAUCCGUCAUAUACUUAUGUUCAAACAAUCGAUAA